ACUCACGAACGGAUCUACCGACAGCCGUCAUCCUCCUCCAGCAAUCCCCAUGUGCUCUCUGCCCCGCUCCGCCUGAUCCCACUCCCAGCACCUGGACCCCUCCCCCUGCUCGUCCGCGCCCCAUUCACCCACAUCCGCCACCGUCCUCCAUGCCCUGCCCCCCGGUGUGCCUGACGACCCGAUUCCUCGCCAACGAACUCCUCCUCCUCGGUUCCACACUUCUCGGAUCCUCGUCGCCCCGGCCGAGCAGAAACCGGAGCCCUGCCGCAGAUCCGCAGGGAGGAGGAGCCGAGGAGGGAGAAGAAUGGACGCCCCGUCGGUGGCGCUCUACAACCAGCUCAAGGCUGCCCAACCAUUCUUCUUGUUAGCUGGGCCCAAUGUGAUCGAAUCAGAGGAACAUGUCAUGAAGAUGGCCAAACACAUCAAAGCCAUCACAACCAAGCUUGGGGUGCCUCUUGUGUUCAAAUCAAGCUUUGAUAAAGCAAACCGUACAUCGUCGAAAUCCUUCCGUGGUCCUGGUCUGGAACAAGGCCUAAAGAUCCUUGAAAAGGUGAAGGCUGCAUAUGACCUUCCAGUGGUCACCGACGUGCAUGAAAGCUGCCAGUGCGAAGCUGUUGGAAGAGUUGCUGAUAUUAUACAGAUUCCAGCUUUCCUCUGUCGCCAGACUGACCUUCUAGUGGCUGCGGCUAAGACUGGGAAAAUUAUCAAUAUCAAGAAAGGACAAUUCUGUGCCCCGUCUGUUAUGGCCAACUCUGCGGAGAAAAUUAGACUUGCUGGAAAUCAUAAUGUGAUGGUCUGUGAGCGAGGCACCAUGUUUGGCUACAAUGAUCUAAUUGUUGAUCCAAGGAACUUUGAGUGGCUGAGGGAAACAAAUUGCCCAGUUGUAGCUGACGUAACACAUGCUCUACAACAACCAGCUGGGAAAAAGCUUGAUGGUGGUGGGGUCGCAAGUGGGGGCUUACGAGAACUCAUACCAUGCAUCGCAAGGACUGCUGUUGCAGUUGGUGUUGAUGGUAUUUUCAUGGAGGUACAUGAUGAUCCCCUGAAUUCACCAUGUGACGGGCCAACUCAAUGGCCAUUGCGCAAUUUGGAGGAGCUGUUAGAAGAAUUGAUUGCGAUCGCUCGAGUCACCAAAGGAAAGAAGCCACUCAAGAUGAUUUGGCAGUGGGUAGCAAUAGGAAUAACUUUGUCGUUACCAAUUGGUUUCACCAAUAUGGUCGUGUCCAGGUGGCCCCCCAUCCAUGUCUAUGAAAUGGUGUUUUAUAUCACAUCCCUUGAACAGUUUGAACAGAGCCCCAGAGGGGAGGGAAGCACCUUGAACCGAAUGAGGAGAGAUUUGCAGGGGACAUUAAGCGUGAGAUUAAGGGACAAUUAGCAUUAGUCCAACGUUAAUUGUUACAAACAUGAAGCGUAUGGCUGAGAUUGUUUAGAUUCCAGAGACAAUGGUGCUUUCUAUAGGGGUAGUGAUAUUUGUUGUACUAAGAUUUCCUCUUUCUAAUAUCCAAGAUCAGAAACAUUCAAUUCAAUACUCAUGUGCAUCUCCAGCGACAAUGAUGCAACGUUACACUA